UAAUAUAUGUUUCAUGAGAGAUAUUUUUAUAUUUAAACAAUUUGAAAGCCAUAUAUAUAUAUAUGUGUGACCUUACAUCAAGCAAGAAAAUGCACUCUGUUAACAUGGCUAACAAGCUCUCUUUCUUCUUUUGCAUUCUCCUUGUUUCACUGGCUGUUGAUUCUUUUUGGUCCUCAAACACUCAAGUGAUGGCUUUGCGAGAUCUACCUUUAUUAGAAGAAGCUGUACAAGUAAUUGAGCAGAUUGUACUUCGAGAUGUGCGUUGUUUCGACCGUUGCAAGACGAAUGCAGAUUGCAAAAAUGUAAUAGGCCCGAGAAAGUGUACGAAUUGUCGUAAGGGUUAUACGUCUGUGAAAAAGUGCUACGCUAAUUGACCAAUUUUGUGUGUCAACUUGUAAGAUUAAGAAUAUAAUUGACUUUAUCGUUCUGAAUCCUACUUCAUAUAAAAGAAAGCAACUAAGUUUAGGUGCUUCAGUUAUCAGUUUCAUGGUCGUUUGUUUGGCAUUUGUGCUCAAGGAUGUGAUGAUAGUUGUAUAUCAUAAUAAAUCAGUUCUUUUGGUUGUAAAAGCAAUUUACUGCAGCUUCAAUAAAAACUUUCAGCAAUGAACUUAAAAUGU